AUGCGCUUCAUUUACUUCUUCUUUCAACAGAUUAGAUCUUCAACAAGAUUGCAGUCCCAGCAGACACUAGUCGCAGACCCACAGCCCGCACCUCAUUUACAGACACGCCAUACAGACGAAACAAGUGUACCAGUGAGAGUAUUACAGGCAACAUACUCAAAACAACUUCAGGCUUCACAACCGAUUAUUUUCAUAUCUAUCUAUCUAUCUAUCUAUCUAUGUAUGUAUGUAUGUCCAUAUCUAUCUAUCUAUCUAUGUAUGUAUGUCCAUAUCUAUGUAUGUAUGUCCAUAUCUAUCUAUCUAUGUAUGUAUGUAUGUAUGUCCAUAUCUAUCUAUCUAUGUCCAUAUCUAUCUAUCUAUGUCCAUAUCUAUCUAUCUAUCUAUCUAUGUCCAUAUCUAUCUAUCUAUCUAUCUAUCUAUGUCCAUAUCUAUCUAUCUAUCUAUGUCCAUAUCUAUCUAUCUAUCUAUCUAUCUAUCUAUGUCCAUAUCUAUCUAUCUAUCUAUCUAUGUCCAUAUCUAUCUAUCUAUCUAUCUAUCUAUCUAUCUAUGUCCAUAUCUAUCUAUCUAUCUAUCUAUCUAUCUAUCUAUCUAUGUCCAUAUCUAUCUAUCUAUCUAUGUCCAUAUCUAUCUAUCUAUCUAUCUAUCUAUCUAUCUAUCUAUCUAUCUAUCUAUCUAUGUCCAUAUCUAUCUAUCUAUCUAUCUAUCUAUCUAUCUAUCCCAAUGAUUUAUGCAGUUGAGCAUAAAACUGAAGAUUGCUUGGAUAUCCUGACUGUGGUUUUAUGGCUCAGUGAUAAGCUUUCAUGA